AUAUAGUUUAUGGUGUUAUAAUUUAUCGUAUUUAACAUUUUCUAUCACAAAAAAGGAAACAAUGACGACAGUUACUGGGUAUGUAGUACCUGUAGAAGAGUUCCGUGAUUUUGUCGUGCGGUGUAGUAAAUCAGUCGGAAUAGCAGAAGAUCAUGCCGACAGUUUGGCUGAAAUGGUUGUGUCGGCGGACUAUCGAGGUCACUAUAGUCAUGGCCUGAAAAAUCUAGAGCGAUACUUAAUCUGUGUCAGGAAAGGAAUUAUAUCCGGAAGUGGGAUACCGGAAGUAGUCAAGCAGACGGCAGCAACAGCGUUAGUGGAUGGACAUAAAUUACUUGGCCCAGUCGUUGGAAAUUUCUGUAUGGAUUUAGCAAUGGAAAAGGCGAAGGCUGCAGGGGUGGGGAUUGUUUCUGUGAGAGGAUCAAAUCACUUUGGCAUGGCUGCAUUGUAUGGUCUACGAGCUCUUAAACAUGGUAUGAUCGGUAUAGCUUUAACGAAUACGUCACCAGGAAUGGCACCAACAAGAGGGAAGGAAAAUGUUCUUGGUACCAAUCCAAUAUGUGUCGCAGCCCCGGGGACAGAUGGUGACAGCUUUCUUUUAGAUAUGGCUACUAGCGCAGUGGCUUAUGGGAAAGCGAUAAAUGCAAAGCGUAUAGGUGUGCCUAUACCGGAAGGCUGGGCUGUGGACAAAGAUGGACAAAAUAUAACUGAUCCUAACUUUGUGUACGGGAUGCUUCCUUUAGGAGGAGUGGAAAGCACGUCCGGUUAUAAAGGGUAUGGACUGGCUAUGAUGGUGGAGAUAUUCUGUGGAAUAUUAAGUGGCUCAAACUACGGUCAUCAUAUAAUAUCAGUUAGUGAUCAGAUAAAUAAAGAAGCAAACUUGGGACAAUGUUUUAUAGCAAUUAAUCCAGACGCAUUUGAAGAUGGUUUCUCGGAACGAAUGAGCGAACUUCUGAACUACUGCAGAGACUUAGAGCCAGUUGAAGGAGAGAAUGAGGUAUUGGUGGCAGGAGAUCCAGAAAGAAAACACAUGGAGAAAUGUGACAAACAAGGCGGUAUAUUGUAUCACCCUGAACAAAUGAAACAGGCUAACUCAAUAGCGGCAUCAUGUAACGUUGAACCAAUGAAAAUAUUAAAGACUAUUUGAUGAAGUGAAGUGAAAUAUGUUUCAACUGUGUUUUUAUUUAUGAUAUGCACACAUGUCUUGAUAUAAAUACACCAAUUUUAGAACUGUUACAUUGUAUCAAUGCACUCACUACUACCGUCCAUAAACAGGCUAAUUCACACCAAGUUCGCAACAUUUUCAAUU